AUGUCUCGAACCGAAUCAUCGAAUAUUAAUCAUUGUGUGGCUCCAUCAAUAACUUCUCCUGUGAAUAGUUUAACUAAAGAUUCAAUUCAACGUAGUGAUGAAAUUAAAACAGAAUUUACUUCACGUGAAGGUACAUAUAAAAUAUCAUCAUUAAUUGAUAAUCUUGGUAAAAUUGGUACAAAUACAUGUCUUAAUGAACCAGUUAAAAUAACAUUAUUAUCUCGUAUACAAACUAUUUGUGAUACAAAUAGUCAAACAAGUUCAAGACGUUCAUCAUCAACAAAUCAUAAUGAUAAUUCAAAUGAACAAAAACGUUUAUCAUUAACCAAUGGAAAUGAAUUAAAUCAACCAAAUGGAAGUAUAUUUCUAACAGAUAUUUUAGUAUUUAAUGUUGGAAGAGAAUUGAUUAUUUAUGAAUUUGCUGAAGCUACGCAGAUAAUUUUAUUAAUUGUUUUUUUAAACUCUGUAUUAACAAAGUCAAUGAUGAAUAUAUAUCGUUUAUGGCAAGAAUAA